AUGAGUCUCCCUACCCCUCCCGGCACGUCCCACAGAGACGAGAAGGAGAAUCGUACACCCCGCUUUGCACGCGUCUCGUGGUCAGACACGGCAAAACUCCAUCCUAUCACAGACAGCCCACCACGCACGUCCUCUGCCAAGUCCAGCGCGUUUAAGGCUGGUCCGUCGCGGUCGAUUCUCAAGAAAACCACCUACCCGUUACUACCUCCCAUUGACGAAGAUGCGGCUCAGAAGGAGUCGACGCCCGAACCAGAGGACCCCCUUGCAGACUUGCACUACCUUGAACGUCCUAUGGCUCGCAUUAUUUCUCCAGAAGCAUCAUUACGCGUCAUGGCCGCUUUUUCAACCCCUCAGGAAACAUCGGAGAGCAUUCAUCGAGGCGAUGGGGCCGCGCCCACGGGCUUGAUCGACCCACUUUCCUCGCCGUCGAGGGAACCGCCUUCGACGGCAAGCCUCCCUUCCCCACGCGACAGCCCCAAGAAGACAAAGAAGCGAGGCAUGUCCGAGGAGCAAGUCAAGCGUGCCCGCGACCUAUGUGGCAUAUGCCACGCAGUCAUGAGGUUGCUGAGUGUAAUCUUUACUCUUCCGUCUCUCUAUAACCUCUUCAAUGAGGAAGAACUUGGUUAUAUUUUCACCCAAGUCCUCGCAAUCCCGCUCGUCAACGAGCUUCCGACCCCGAACGCUCGGAAGACGUACGCGCUGGCAAUCUGGCUGAUCCAGGUACAGCGUCUACCGGCGGAGGUCCUUGAGCCGGCUAAAAACCGCAUCGCUUACGCGUUACGUCGCGGAAUCGGUGGUGAACUUGGCAAGGAGGGCAAGAAGGGCUCGGUCAGCGAUGGGCUCAAGGCUGUCCAUGACCUGGCGCUCUACCAGCCAGCGAUCUUUGUGCCGUCCUUUGUUUCAGUUCUCGGGAGGAUUCUCGACAACCUGCUUGCGCCCACACUCGCGAUGCGUGGUCAGGCAUGCCACGCCCUCGGUGGGCUGGCACUUGCUGCCGCGUCUCUGCCUCCAAGCGAGGCGCAUACACGUAUGUCAACAAUUGUGGCGUCGCGCCUCAUGAAGCCGGCAGACGCUAGUCCUGCAACCCCGUCGAAGAAGCUCGAGGCCAGUCCAUCAAAGGAUUCGAUCCUCGUUCGCACUCUUCGUACAACGCUUCAGGCGGCCGAGCCGAGACAUUCGGCGCAAGGUCCUGUGUGGGCCUUCAGCGUCAUCGCUCACCUAAUCGUCCUCCUUGGACCGACAGUGUACCUCCACCCAGAACUCACGCGUACCAUCUCCGCGCUGUUCUCCUUGGGAAUGCGUCAUACGAAAAGUUCGGUGCGCGCGCUUGGAUGCCUUGCCUGGCGUUCCAUGACGUGGGCAUUCUGCCGACCACCACAUGUGAAGGUCGCCAUCGACACCGAGUCGGACGGCGAAGAUGAAUCAGCGACAGAAGAGGACGUUGUCUCUGAGAGGAGAAGGCAUGACGAGGUACUUCGCAACAACUUCAGACUCCUUCCUUCCAUCGUCGACAUGGGUGCUGGUGUCAGCACCGUUGGUGCGCUGCUCGGACAGGAAGUCAUGGACGACAUGUCCGUGUUUGGCGCCCUCCGUGUUCUGCGCACGAUGAGUCGCAAAGGUGGCGUCACAUGCAAGGAUGCUAUGGACCUCACGCGCCACCUACUCAGCGCCGCGUCGCUCGCGUACGGGACGACGGAGGAUUCCAAUUGGAACCACCGCAAGCUUCUCGUGCACGACUUCUUCUCGGCGAACCCAGGACUGCUCACUGCGGAGUGGAAGACGCUGUCAUCGACGGUGAAGCCGCUCAUCGAGCAGUGCCCGCAGAUCUCGGACGUGCGGACGUUGACCUUGGAAGAAAUAUCCGCGGAGGGAAUGUGGGACGAGUUCGUCGCAAUCUGGAGGGAUGGGUUGGCGGUGUUGAGGCUGUCGUGGGGCAGCGAGGAGGUUCCGACCGAAGUCAGGGAGAUCUGGUUCAAUUUGCUGAAGUGCAAAGCAGCCCCUCUUCUCGAUUCAGAUGACCUGGAUGGUCUUGCUGAGCUCGCUGCGAACACACGUGACAUUCUCGUGGGCAUCCUCGAUGACCCCGAAUUGGACUUCACACUGCGCAGAGACGACGAUAAUGACGUUCCUCCCUCUCCUGUCAAACAAGCCGGUCUGCCAGAAAAUGUCAAAGGCACCGACCGACCGCUGCCUGAGUCACGGUGGAAUUUUGCGGUCAAACUCUUCCUCGUCCGCGACCUGUUCACCAUUACGCGUGCGAUUUUUCCUCCGGAAGUCUUUGGCGAUCUCGCGGAAUGUGUCCUUCGGUACCUCAACGCCAAUGAAGAACUCCUAGUCGGUGACGUCCAGUGCUCCGACGAAGUCCGCGAACAAUGGGCAUGUCUGUGCGCAGAAGCUGCUUUCGCAUGCGACCUGAAUGUCGUGCAGUCCUUUUGGGAGAACUCGCUGCACAAGGCUCGCCGCGACUCGGACUGGGACGCGGACGUUCGCGCGUCUGUAUGGCAAGCAUUCGUCGAUCGGUGGAAUUCGGGCGACGCGUCUGGAGAGCGCAGCUGGGAAGCGGCCAUCAUUCUUCUGUCUGCGCCCUUUAUCGAGCCCAGUUGCUGGGAAAUGGCUAGCGAUGAUCUCGACACUUGGGAUUCUCUUCUCCGCCGGGCGAUCGACGCUGCCCUAGACCACGGGAUCGACGCGAUCACCCUCAUCGACCAGCUCGCAGGUGUCAUCGCGACGGGCCACAGUCCCUCGACACCGUCGGCUGUGCGUGUUGCGGACCUGCUCCUCUCUAAUGUCGAGAUCGCGGAUGCGCGUCAGGCACCGACGGAGAUCUUCGAAUUCGCGAACGACACGCUCAACGCUGCCUAUCCGCCGGCCCCGCGGCACAAGGUCAUGUGCAUGUGGCUCCUGCGCACCCUCACGAGGGUCAUCGACGCGUGCCCGCAGGAGCUGUGCUCCUCAGUGCUGGAGCUGCUUCUCGAAGGCCUACGGGCGUGGAUUGGAGAUGACUUCGAGGUGUGCUCCGAAGAGGAGUAUGUGGCUGACAUCCUGCCACUGUACCAAACUGUGCUCGUGAGUAUGCAGCCGUUGGCGAAGGACUUGAAUGUCUUGGAUGUUCUAGGGCCCCUGCUCGCUGCUCCGUUUUAUGGACGGAGGGACAAGCACACUGGAGCUGUCGACGCGUUCUCAGAGUUCUGGCAGGCUACCUAUGCUGAGCUCCCUGAGCCUUCUUGCGGAUAUCCGGAGUCGAUUGCCAUGUGUCUCGACGCUGUUGCGCAGGCGAAGCGGGAAGAGGAGGAAGACGCGAUGAAGGUGGAGAACAUGACUGUGAUCUGCGACGAUUUGCCGAGUCCAUCCCUCGAAGUCGCUCCCGAGGACGACACUGCUCUGGAGAGCGAAGACGAGGGGUCGGUUGUCAUUCCCUCUCCUGUCAUACCCGCUCGUGCAUCAACACCUUUCCUCAAGUCUGCCAUCUCUCGCGAACCUUCCCCUGUCGCCCCCGUACCGUCUACUCCGAAGAGAAGCCCCGUCAUGCGUACCUCUCCCAGCCGUCAGGAGAAGUUGGACGUCAAGGAUCAGCUCAGCGCUAUUCCACUGGAUGUCUCCCCCUCGGUGGAUGCAUCUCCCAAUCAUUCCCCUGCUACGCCGAAGCGAUCUGCUGCGAAGAAGGACAAGGAAAACCGAUCUCCCAGGUCCGCGAUCGCAUCCGUUACGGAGCGGCUGGCAGCACGUUCUCCUUUCCUCCUCGAGUCAAUCCUCGGAAAGCGGCCCCAUUACGAUGAUACGGAGGACAUGGCUAGUCUCGACGAGAAGUUGUCGAAGAAAGGUCGUUUGGAGGCAUCCCCACUGGCGCCAUCUGCAUUCUCCAACUUGCAAGUUUAUACGACAAUGCACGAUACUUCGGACACCCUCCAGCAGCUUGCCUUACCCAGCAAGUCCGCUGCGAAGAUCGAGACAUCAAGCGCCGAAAGUCAUGACGACAACGCCUCUGUCGCAUCCGAUGCGGAGUCGGAAACCUCAGCAGUAGAUGCUACGCCUACACCUGCUUCUCGCAAGCGCAAGGGGGUCUUCAUGGACGCUGUCGAAGUUCCUUCCGUCCAGCAGAUACGCGCCCGUGGCCGACAUAGCUUGGAGUCCAUUGAACACGCAUCGGAGGCAGAUGCAGAAUUGAAACCGCAGUCCGCGGCCGAAGAUCCGAAGCCAACGAUCAGGCGCACGCGGUCCGCGACUAAACUUCUGGGCAAGAAUGCUGAUUUUCAGAAACUGGAGACUCCAAAGAGACGUAAAACGACCCGUGCGGCGGAGUUGCGGGAGGAAGCCGCGGGAAUAUCCUCUCCGAUCCGACUUCUCCUUGACGCCCCGCAAUUUGGUAGUGAUGAUUCGAUCAUGGCCACAUCUCCCGCAAUCGACGUCUCCGACAUGCCUCCAUCUGACGAUGAUCCACAUCUUGGCCAGGUGACACCGCACCGACUUGUUUCACCGUCCCUGCGCCGUGUCAAGCGCAUGGCGUUUACCAGCUCAGACCCACCGAGCGACGACUCGAACAUGUCUAACUCACCUUCGCGCGACCGUGUGUCGCGCAGGACGGCUUGGCUGAAGAGCAAGCACUUCAGCUCCUCUAAGCUGUUCCCGCGGAACCCCCGCAGCCGCACAAGCGCCACUCCCUCUUCUUCGUCCGCGCUUGGAAGCGAUUUUUGAUGGGACACUUUCGAAAUUGCGUUCGAACCCCAGUUUUGUUGUUGUUGCGCAUAUGUCAUCUUGUCACCACGUCU